AUGUUUACAAAAGAAACGAAAAAUGCUCUACGUACGUCAAAAACGAAAUAUUUGACAGCGAAAAAAAUUAAGCAAAGGAAUACGUUUACAACAGUAACAAAAAAUGCCCUACGUACGUCAAAAACUAAAUAUUUGACAACUAAAAUAAAUACUUCAUCAGAUUAUCGUUUAAAGAAAAAUACUUUCAUCUUAAAAACAAACAAAGUAACGGGAUCAACAAAAACACAAACACAAAGGAAACCACACACAUUUUCAGCAUCUAACCCAACCAACGCAACCAAUGGAAAUAAAACAGAUAGCAUAGAAAUCACUCAUUCAACUAUUGCUUUAAAACCUACUCGUACCUCAACCACGAUCACUGAAACCGUUGGAAAAAUUUCCAUACAAGAAAUAUUCAAUAUAACAGAAUCAACCAAAACUGAAUAUACCACAGAAACAACUACAGGUUAUGAAGUAAAUGCAAUGGCUAAUAGUUCAGAAACUUCUUCAACAGAUGUACAGAAUGUGAGGCUAGUUGAAAAUACUCCUGAAAAUUCAACCAUUCAAGUUGUAAGCCAAGAACCAAGCACAGAGCCAACACAUAAAGAAUUUUCUACAGAAAAUGUGCUUAGAGAAAUAAUUAAAACUACAACCAAGAGAACAAGGCGAACUUUAGGUGUAAGUAAUUAA